CAACGUUACAAUUGUUUACUUUUUUUUUACAAACCCGCAACCAGCCAGACCGGACCAGAAGGGAAGCUCUCUCCACAAGCGGAAAAUUGCCGGGGACAGGGAUCACAUCCCCGGCACCCGAGCCCAGGCAGCCAGCCCACUAGCGUAGGCUUGGCUUGUUGGUCAGAGCUCCUGGCAUAUCCACUGUCUGUUGCGGCGGCGGCGUCACUUCAGUUGGCUCUUGUUACAGCAUCACCACUGUGGGGUUGGUUGGAACUGCCCGCUCCUCCUCACCAUCGUCAACAUUAACAAAACCAACUUACACGACAACCUCCCCCUCCAACUGAACUCCUCCUUUUGUCGCAGUCGCAUUUAUUUGACACCCACACACACAAUCACAAUAUCGUAAACCUCUCCCCCUUCCCUCCACCCCCGGAGCGCCAGCCAUGGCCUCCCAAGCAGACUACAAAGACAGGCAAUUCCUCGCCGUGAUAGGUGACGAGGAUUCCGUUACUGGACUUCUCCUCGCCGGCAUUGGUCACGUAACUUCCCCCCCCGACAACCAAAAAAACUUCCUCGUCGUCGACGCCAAAACCGAAACCUCGGCCAUCGAGUCCGCCUUUGAAAAGUUCACCACCGAGCGCAAAGACAUUGGCAUUGUGCUCAUCAAUCAACAUAUCGCAGACCGGAUACGCUACCGCAUCGAUACCUACACCCAGGCCUUCCCCACCGUCCUCGAGAUCCCCUCCAAAGACCACCCUUAUGACCCCGAAAAGGACAGCGUGCUGAGGAGGGUGAGAAGGCUGUUUGGUGAAUAAGUUGGUGCGCAAUGGGCGUCAUGAUCAAGAGGCGGGAUUUGGAAGGGGAAACAUAAAGGUUGGCAGUUUGAGUCGGGAGACGCAAUGAUAUGACCGAGUUGGGGAUUGGAAAUGUGACAGAGCAUGUGGGUGGGUGGGUGAUCACAACAUUAAAACACCAACAAGAGGCGGUUAGACGAAGCAUAAUGAUGUUCCUGUGUAUUCCAGUAUAGCAAGCCUCAAAGACUCCUUUACUACCAUUCAAUAUGCUACUUCUC